AUGGAGAAGACUUACUCAUUGACAGCCCACUACGACGAGUUUCAGGAGGUGAAGUACGUGAGCAAGUACCAGAGCGGCACGCUGCCCAAUGGCUUCACCCUCCAGCUGGGCACCGGGGCCAAGAAACGUCGUGGGGGGCUGCCGCGCUGGAGCCGCCGGGAGGUCUGCCUGCUCUCAGGGCUGGUGUUCGCCGCGGGGCUCUGCGUCAUCUUGACCUGCAUGUUGGUCCUCAAGUACCUGGCGGCCGAAGGGGACAGCUACUGCCUGGAGGGAUGCCAGGAGAAGAAGGCCUUCCUGCGGGCGUCCCGCUUCCUCAGCGCCAACAUGGAUGCCACCAUCGACCCCUGCCAGGAUUUCUAUUCCUUUGCCUGCGGUGGCUGGCUCCGGCGACACGGCAUCCCCGAGGACAAGCUGGUGUACGGCACCAUCGGGGCCAUCGCUGAGCAGAACGAGGCCAAGCUGCAGGCGUUGCUCAGCAGCCCUGUGCGGCGCCGAGCCCCCACCUCAGCUGAGAGGAAGGUCAAGGAGUUUUUCCGCUCAUGCCUGGACCGGGCUGAGAUCGACCGGCUGGGCCCGCGGCCCAUGCUGGAGGUGAUCGGGGAGUGCGGUGGCUGGGACGCCCCAGCAGGCCGUGGGGACAUCAACGAGCUGCUCUACAAGACGCAGGGGGUCUACAGCGCUGCCGUGCUCUUCUCCCUCACCGUCAGCCUGGAUGAGAGAAACACCUCCCGCUACAUCAUCCGGAUUGACCAGGAUGGGCUGACUCUGCCUGAACGGACCCUCUACCUUGGGCAGGAUGAGGAGAGUGAGAAGAUAUUGGCAGCUUACCGGGUGUUCAUGGAGCGGCUCCUCACCCUCUUGGGGGCUGAGCAUGUGGAGCAGAAGGCCCAGGAGAUCCUGCAGCUGGAGCAGCACCUCGCCAAUAUCACGGUGUCUGAGUAUGAUGACGUGCGGAGGGACGUGAGCAGCAUGUACCACAAAGUGACCCUGGGUGAGCUGCAGCGCAUCACCCCCACGCUCAAGUGGAAGCGCUUGCUGGACCGCAUCUUCCAUGACAACUUCUCGGAGGAGGAGGAGGUGGUGCUGCUGGCCACUGACUACAUGCACAAGGUGUCUGACCUCAUUCGCGUGACACCCAGCAGGAUCCUUCACAACUACAUGCUAUGGCGCAUCGUGGUGGUGCUGAGUGAGCACCUCUCCACCCCCUUCCGUGACGCUAUCCAUGAGCUCUCCAAGGAGAUGGAGGGCAAUGAGAAGCAGCUCGAGCCAGGCAAGAUAUGCCUGAGCCAGGCCAACAAGCACUUUGGCAUGGCCCUGGGUGCCCUCUUUGUUGAGGAGCAUUUCUCCUCCACCAGCAAGGCCAAGGUGCAGCAGCUGGUGGAGGACAUCAAAUACAUCCUGGACAGGCGCCUAGAUGAGCUGGAUUGGAUGGACGAAGAGACACGGAGAGCGGCCAGGGCCAAGCUCCGGUACAUGAUGGUGAUGAUUGGGUACCCUGAUUUCCUGCUGAAGCCAGAGGCGAUUGACAAGGAGUAUGAGUUUGAAGUAGACGAGAAGACCUACUUCAAGAACAUCCUCAACAGCAUCGCCUUCAGCAUCAGGCUCUCGGUGAAGAAGAUCCGGCAGGAGGUGGACAAGUCUGUGUGGCUGCUGCCUCCCCAAGCGCUGAAUGCCUACUACCUGCCCAACAAGAACCAGAUGGUGUUCCCUGCUGGCAUCCUGCAGCCCACCCUCUACGACCCUGAGUUCCCGCAGUCUCUGAACUAUGGGGGGAUCGGUACCAUCAUUGGCCAUGAGCUGACCCACGGCUACGACGACUGGGGGGGACAGUAUGACCGGCAUGGGAACCUGGUGCACUGGUGGACAGAGCGGUCAUACAGCAAGUUCCUGAAGAAGGCCCAGUGUAUCGUCAACCUCUAUGACAACUUCACUGUCUACAACCAGCGGGUGAAUGGCAAACACACACUGGGGGAGAACAUUGCUGACAUGGGAGGGCUCAAACUUGCCUACUACGCCUAUCAGAAGUGGGUGCGGGAGCACGGCCCUGAGCACCCCCUGCACCACCUGAAAUACACCCAUGACCAGCUCUUCUUCAUCGCCUUUGCCCAGAACUGGUGCAUCAAGCGGCGAUCCCAGUCCAUCUACCUGCAGGUGCUGACAGACAAGCACGCCCCAGAGCACUACAGGGUCCUGGGCAGCGUCUCACAGUUCGAGGAGUUUGGGCGGGUUUUCCACUGCCCCAAGAACUCACCCAUGAACCCAGCGCACAAGUGCUCUGUGUGGUGAGGCUGCCCACCACCUGGCAGGCUGGCACUCCU